AUGGAAAGCAUGUACACACCAGAAUAUUUGAAUUCUUUAAGAAUUGCAGGAGUACCAAAUCAUCAACUCGAGCUCAAAAUUGGAGCUCCAAUUGUUCUGUUAAGGAAUUUGGCUCCUAGCAAGGGAUUGUGCAACGGAACACGGUUGAUUGUCACUCAGUUAUGUGCCCGAGUUAUAGAAGCUGUCAUAGUUACCGGAAAUCAUAUUGGUGAGAAGGCUUUCAUCCCACGAAUUUGUAUGAGGCCGUCAGACACAACACUGCCUUUUACACUGAAAAGAGUUCAAUUUCCCGUAUCCCUCUGUUAUGCAAUGACGAUAAACAAAAGCCAAGGACAAACACUAAAAUAUGUUGGCUUAUAUUUGCCAAGACCGGUUUUCAGCCAUGGACAGUUCUAUGUGGCGAUAUCGAGAGUAACAACACCAUUGGGGUUGCAUAUAGUGUGCGAAAAUGAAACCCACCCAAUUGUUGGCAUGACAAAAAAUGUUGUUUACCAUGAGGUUUUUGCCAACUUGGGAUGA